AGUCUCGUGAUUGAGUGUGUCCGCUUAUAAUCUUCAACGAGCAAACCCCGUCACCAAUUAUACYCUUCUGAGGGUGAUUUAACGGAUUUUSUGGCCAAAAUCAUGCAGAAUUGUUUUAUUUUGGCCUGUGCUCUAGUAGGCUUUUUUCUUGUUCUUGGUUGUCAAGCGCUGCCUCCAAACACCAUCCAGAAGUUGGUUGACGCUGAUCCUCGAAUGACGCAGGAAUUAGGGGAACUAGAGCAGCUUGGCGAGAAAACAAUUCGUCUUGUACAAGCUAACAUUUCGCGAGAAUGUUCUAAUGCACUCAUGUACUUGGUGAACAACGAGUCAAGGGCAUUGUUAGCCUAUAUUGAUGCCACUGGAAAGAUCCCAAGCGGUAUUUUGGAGGGAGAUUUUUUGUGGCUUGGAUCGUACAGUGCUUGCAACAAUAUCCCAUCUGCUCAUUACUGCAUGGCCAAUGUAUUGCUGUAUAAGAUAUCUUUGUUCAAAGAUGCGACUAUCCCAGCCCGUUGGGGCGUUUGUGUACCAAGUGCAUGUAGUGAACUUGAUGUAGCAGUUGCCAUAGAAGAUAUCUUAGAUGCCUUUGGACUCAACAGAAAGAUAUUGAUUUCAACAAAGCCAGAUCCCAGGUCAAUUUACUGUGCCAAACCCUCAGAAUACAGGGGUGCUGAUAUAUUUUGCCUGAUCAUUUGCGGCAUUCUAGCUCUAACCUGUCUAGCUGGCACAUUCCUCGACUUGAUUGAAAAUAGUGUGUUGUCUACAAAAUCAAAGAAAGAAAAUGUUAAUGUACAGAAUGGCAAAGUUCGUCACGGGGACAAUUCAUUUGAAAGUGACAGAGAUAUACUUGUCAACCAUGACAGCAUGGGUCCUUCGGCUGAAUUUGUACCAAAAAAGAAACCUAUCAUCAUCAGAUUUUUCAAGUGCUUCUCCAUUAUUGCAAAUACGAAGAAAAUCAUGGACACCAAGACAGCACCAGGAGCCAUCACCUCCAUUAAUGGAAUGAGAGUACUGAGUAUCUCAUGGGUUGUGCUUGGUCAUGUCUACUACUUUUUGUUUAUAACUUAUGUUGGAAAAAAUAUAUUGGCAGCCGAGAAGAUCAUCCACAGGUUUUCUUUCCAAGCAAUAGACAAUGCUUUCUUUUCAGUGGACAGCUUCUUCUUCUUAAGUGGUCUUCUGGUAAGCUACAUUGGACUUAGACGAAUGGAAAAAAACAAUGGAAGACUUCCCCUACUUCAGUUCUAUUUACAUCGAUAUUGGAGGUUAACUCCAACCUACAUGUUUUGUAUACUGUUUUUCACAAGCCUGUUCAAACAUGUUGGUGAGGGACCAUUGUGGUACAUGAAUCAACAGCCUAAUCCAUGCGACACCAAAUGGUGGACAAAUUUGCUAUACCUAAACAACUUUUAUCCAGCGGAUCUUGGCAAAGAAUGUCUGGGCUGGUCCUGGUAUUUAGCCAAUGACUAUCAGUUUUAUUGCAUUGCACCAUUGUUUUUGUACGCCAUGUACAGGUUGAAGCUUCUAGGAAUGGUCCUGAGUGUUGGUAGUUUCCUGUUUGCAGGUUUCAUAACUACGGGGGUCAUUAUGGGCUAUUAUCACCUCCCGGCAAGUCAGUCCACCUUCUUUUUGCAACAGAUGGGAACUAAAGCCAGCCAAUUCACCAACUACGUCUACAUCAAGCCUUACUGUCGCAUAUCACCUUACCUCGUUGGUCUUGCACUUGGUUAUGUAUUCUUUGCUGACAAAACGCAUUCAUUCCUGCUAAAACUUCGAAUUAUUCCGCGAAUGAUAUUCCUGGUAAUUGGCUGGUCCAUUGCCUUUAUUUGUGCAUUCUCGUCAUUAUAUGGAUUGUAUAAAGCCGUUAGAGCCGACAAUCCAAUUCCAUUGACAGAUACCGAGAAUGUUGUGUAUGGCACAUUUUCCAGAUUCGCUUGGGCUCUCGCGYUUGCGUGGGUUAUUUACGUUUGCCAUGCUGGAGCUGGGGGUCUGGUGGACAAUAUUUUAUCAGCUCGAUUCUGGAUUCCUUUGAGUCGAUUGACAUACGGUGUUUACCUAGUCCAUCCCAUGGUACUUUUAGCGUUUUAUGGCAGCCUACAGAACACUGUAGCAUACACUGAUUUCUUAAUGGUCAUCUACUUCCUUGGUUGUUUGAUGGUCUCCUACGGAUUGUCGUUCAUUCUCGCAAUAGCGCUUGAAUUCCCUGCCAUGCAACUCGAGAAAUUAUUCGAUUAGAGAACGAAAUUUGUCGCAUCACCACUAUAUCAGUAGUUUUUAAUGUUUUAAAAAUUGUAUUCAAUUUUAAAUAUUUCACUGGUUUGCGAUUGCAUGAGCAGUAAAUUGUAGAUGUGAUUUUUACAGGGUGUAUUUCCAUAAUGAACAAAAGUUGUAUAGUUUAACUUCGCAAUACACACAUCAACUGUUUUCCAGACGUUUCGAUAAACGAGUCCAGUCGUUGACUGCUGUGACUACUUGCACACUUUUUAUGGUUUUCGGGAAAGCAACCGCAAGCGGAAGUUUUCUGCAGAAAAAAAAACACCCAAACAAAAAUCGAGGCCUGGUUGUUUGUGGUAUUAUGAAUUAACCGUUAUAACGUAUAACAAGGAUUAGGUAGUCAGACCUCAUCUUCACAUCAUAAUGACACAAAAACUUUGUAAAAAAUAAAUACAUUCACUGUAGUUGGCUCUCUA